CAACUGUUCUAUAUAUCUAACCAUAUCAAUUGCCUAACAAACAGACCCAGAACUUGGCCGAGGACACAAGUAAUUCCUUCUCUCUCACAGGACUCUAAGCUUUUCAUUUUCACAAUGAGCUCCAUCAGUGAAGCAACUACCAAAUUUGCCCUUGACUUUUUCAAAGUAUUGAACAAAGAUAGUCCAUCUGACAAUAUCCUCUAUUCUCCUCUGAGUAUCUCAGCUGCCCUGGGCAUGAUCCUUCUUGGGGCCAGAGGUAAUACUGCCACCCAGAUACAAAAGGUUCUUCGCUUCGCUGAACUUAGAGAAAAUGAAAAUCCAGGAACAGGAAGGUCUUCGGAAGCAACAAGUGAUGAGAAUUCAGAGAGCAGUUGCAGACGACCUCUUCAUCCCCAUCUGCCGGUUCCUGAUGAUCAGUGUGAUAUACCUGGAGGGAUUCAUUCCCAGUUUCAUGACAUCUUCUCAGCAAUCAACAAACCUACCACUUUCUACGAGCUGGCUAAUGCCAACAGACUGUAUGGAGAAAAGACAUUCAAUUUUCUUCAGCAAUACCUAUCCUGCAUACAAAAGUUAUACCAGGCUGAAUUGAAACCAGUUGAUUUUCAGAAUGCUGCAGAGGAAACCAGAAAGCAGAUAAAUUUGUGGAUUGAAACCUUUACCAAGGGUAAAAUCAAGGACUUCUUUGGCCCAAAGGCUCUUUCUGGAGGUAGUAAAUUAGUCCUCGUGAAUGCGGUCUACUUCAAGGGGCAAUGGGGAGAGGAAUUUAAGAAAGAAAACACCAAAGAAAGACCUUUUCAGAUUAACAAGACUACAAGCAUACCUGUGCAGAUGAUGUACCAGGAGAGCAGGUACAAAAUAGCUACAAUAGAGGAGCAUCAGAGUCAGGUGCUUGAACUCCCAUACAAGGGUGGUGACCUGAGUAUGUAUAUUCUGCUGCCAAAAGACAACAUGGGUCUAACACAGCUGGAAAAGGAACUUACCUAUGAGAAAUUAACAACUUGGAUUAGCCCUGACCAUUUGAAAGAAGGUGACGUGGAUGUGGCUCUUCCUCGGUUCAAAGUCGAGACAAGUGCUCAACUUAAACAAUAUUUAGAGGCUUUAGGAAUGACCGAUGUAUUUCACCCAGGAGUAUCAGAUUUAUCUGGAAUGGCAAAAGAAGGUGGCCUGUUUGUGAGUCAGGCUACCCAUAAGGCUUAUAUAGAGGUCAAUGAAGAGGGCACUGUGGCAGCAGCUGCAACUGGAACUGGCAUAAGUACAAGCGUACUAAGAAUGCCUGUACAGUUUGUGGCUGAUCACCCUUUCCUCUUCUUUAUCAGACACCAAAAAACCAAAUGCAUUCUCUUCUAUGGUAGAGUCUCUUCCCCUUAAAGGAAAAUCUCUAAUUAACCCGCAAGAUCCUGGGCCACAGAAUUAUAGUACAGAAAAUACAACAGAAAUGUUAUUCUCUUCAUUUUCUCUUUUCCUUGCACUGUAUCUAGAUAGUGACUCCAUAGUUAUGGGUGAAAAUGCACACUAUACUCAUAGCAGGACUGUAACACUAGCACUACAGUCCUAUCUUGUCUGCUGUUUCCCUCCCCCGCAAAGUUGCUUCUGGUUCCUACUUAAAGAAUCUCCCACUUUCUCAGCACCUGAGGAAGGGCAUCUCUGUUAAGUCGCAAAUCACUAGGAAUCUCCUUGAACCAAAGCUUUGAUAACUAGUAGUGAAAUAAAGAACUAUGAAUUUUAUUAAUCAUCCUGAACUGAAUGGGUAUCAAAACAAGCAUUGCCCAAACUCUUGCAGUGGAGAACCUGGCCCAGAGUUGUAGCAAUGUAACAGGUGAAUAAUCAGGCUCAUUGUUUUCACAGUUAUUGUUAUUGCCCUUCUGCCACCUUUACUACUUCUGGAGGAAUUCUGUGCCAAAAAAUUUAAAACUCUGUGCACAAUAUUUUAAAAUUCCACAAAAUUCUUCUUUUUUAUUUGUGAAAAUAACAUAAAAUAAUCAUGCCAGUUUCAAUUAUUUUGGUAAUUAAUUUCAAAAUAUCUGUCAGCAAGUAUGUCUGUAACAAUACAGACAAAAAUAUAUUAAGGAAAUGUUUUUUGAUGAAUAGAUUCCUUAUUAGGCAUAUUAAUACAAAAUUUUGUUUAAUGAUUCAUUUAAAGUACACCUGUACUCAAAGAGAGUUGUGUUUACUUCAUAAGGAAUCCUGCUGAAGUGAGUAGGACUACCAUGGAGGAAGGCACUGCUCAAUGUGAUGUGGAGCAGAGGGAGAAGGGAGAGUUGGAAAACAAAGUCUAACCCUUUAGCACUUGAAUAUAAAGUUAACACUGUACACUGAUACAAACUCCUACAGCAGGGAGGGAGAACCUUAUCCUGAGGUGGACCUCAACGGUUUGUUCUACUAUAUUUGGGGGGCAAAGAAGACACCUGGGCAUCCCUCAGCUAGGAAGCAAAUGGACAGCAGAUUUGCUUCAGGAAGGUGGGAUCUCAGCCAGGCUGGGCUGAAAACACUGGAGAGAACUUUGGGUGAGAUAAGUUUCUUUAUCAGCAGGUCAACCUGUUAGUUAAGUUUAGUUAGUCUAUCGAAAGAGCGUUAUUUUGCUUUAUAUGUAACCAUUUGAUUCCAAUAUUCUUGCUCACUAUUACUUGAAUCUCUAGUCUUUGAUAAUAAAUGUAUUCUUGUUUUCACUAUAAACAUA